AUGCAGGACAUCUUCCUUCCUAGCCUCUCUUCGUGCUGGCGCCCAAAGCACUUUCGUGCAACACCACAUGUGCUUCAUCUUUAUCGUCUAACGUGGUGCUUCUGUGUGUAUGUGUGUGUCUGUCUGUUUCGCUUUCGCGUUCGCCCCUCCCCUAUUCCUAUCCUACCUUUUGGUGCCUUCUCAAUGGAGAACCGUGGCAAGAGCGAGUGGAGGCUUCUGGUCGUCUUGGCCGUUGGUGCCAUUGCGUACUAUCUCUUUACCUUGAAGCUGGCGCCAAACCCAGAGGAGCGGCGGCUGGCAGCUCUUCGUCGAAUCCGCGACGGCGCCUCCCCACUCACGCUGCUGGAAGAAGGAUUCAGCUCAGUCGAGCUUCUCCAUGCAGGUGUGCCGAGGGAGGCUCUGAACUCUGCCUCCGCAGUGUCCCUGUCUACCUCGCCGUCUCAAACCCCGCGAAGGGAGUCAUGCUCCCGCUCACCCAGCACGCCAAGCUCAUGUUCACGGGUCUGCGACCCUCUGAUGAUGGUGGUAACGGACACCAUGCACGUUGUCAAGGAGGCGCUCAGGGGCGGUCGGCGCUGCCGCAGCAUGAGCACUAGCAUCAGCAACGUUCGCGAAGCAACACGCAGCAAAACUACUGGCUCAACAACAGCGCUGUCUUCCCGCUCAAGCCAGCUGCACGCGAAGAGCCCCUCAAACAGCUCGCUGCGCUCCUCCACUCGACUCACAGCACAUGUGCAGUCGCCACCUGUGCGGCAAGAGUUUUAUGACUGCCUCUCACCGAUGCGAAGCAGUGCAACUCGCACCCCUGCGGGUGCUCUCCGCGUGCGAGUGGCGGCACUCUCCGCGGUAAUCACACGUGACUACGCAAGCGAAUCCGCCACGUACAACUACCCGCUCGAGGUGCUCCGCUUCCUCCACGAGGAUCGCUCCCGGCUGAGUAUCAUGGCGGAGAACUGCAGCGCUCUUGAAGGCGACGAGGUGCUGACAACCGAAGUGUACGUCAAGCGUUCGCUGGAGCGGGCUCGUGCCGCGGCGGAGAAUGCUAAAGCCUACUUCAAGGUGAGUCUCUUCACUGCUGCCCGCAACAUCGCCACGACUGUGAUGGAGUCGUACGUAAACAUCUACACUGGGCCCUCGCCGGUGAUUCUUGCCGCCCUCUACCUUGUCAAGGGAAACAUAGCCUACACGAUUCAGCUGCAGACUCACAUAGGCACCUACGAAGAACGACUCCCGGAUCUUCUCUACACGGCACAGAGCGCGCGACUGCUAUGCGCGGAGAAGACGCCGUGUGGCUGGUGGCGUCGUCGAGCGGGGCGGAACGAGUACCACGUUCAAGCGCAGAACGUCGACCGCACUUACGUCGUGGAGACCCCCGUGGAUGUUGCGGUGCGGGCACCGAGGACUCCCCACGCUCUGCGAAGUGAGCUCAUUUUGAUGCCGUGCAGCAGCGGCGGCGACACCGGGGCGCAGUGGUGCGCUAUCGUAGCGGUUGUCCCGAGUGCGGCACGCGAGCAUGCGCGAAAGGGAGAGAAACAGCACAAGGUAAUCCCACUGCUACACGACGCGCACGUGUCGAUUGAGCUCACAGUGCACAUGCCUGACAGUGCAGCGGCAGGCACGACAUCGUCACCGCCGCCGCUGCCGCCUCCACUCGCGGCUGUCAUGGCACGCGAGGCUACUGCGAGAGAUGCACAGCUUUUCAGCAGCGUUUACCGAUCUGCUGAGCUGACCAUGCCCCUCCCACCACCUGAGUACUUCCAAACGGUCGUGUGCGAGCACCCCUAUGAGACUUCCGUGACGCUCUUCAUCACUUCUUUGACCUCUGCAGAGUCGUUUGAGGUGGAGCUGCGCUGUCUGAAGGACAUGAACGAUGUCUCGCUGAAGCAGCUGCUCUCGUACGUGCCGACACUGCUGCUCAACCAUGCCCGCCCGCGGUGCUCGACGAACGCUGCAGGUCAAGCAUGUUUCUCUGUCGAGGGACUCGCCGUGUCGCCAACGGAGACGACGUUGCGGGUGUAUGGGGUACAACAGGGAGCGGAAACCUGGCUCAUUAUGCGAUGGCUGUGCGCCAGCACUGCUGUGGAGCUGAGCGAGCUGGAGCAGUACCGUAGCGAGCUCCUCAAGAGGGUUCUCUGCUGA